CACAAAAUGCACUUAUAGGAUGGGAAUCUCAUGGACCAAGGAUCAUCAAAGCCUCCUUCAGAACAAAGAGAGAGGGCAUUACAAUGAACAUCAUCCAAUGCUAUGCGCCGACCAACGACUACGAUGAAGACGCUAAAAACCAAUUCUACGAUAGGCUGCAGUCAAUCUUCGAGAAGUGCCCAACCAAGGACCUGACCAUUCUAAUGGGAGAUUUCAAUGCCAAGGUUGGAAAGGACAACACUGGAUACGAAGACGUCAUGGGACAACAUGGACUGGGAGAAAGGAACGAAAACGGUGAGAGAUUUGCAAACCUAUGUGCCUUCAAUAAACUGGUCAUAGGUGGCACCAUAUUCCCACACAAAAACAUACACAAAGCCACUUGGAUUUCACCGGAUCACACUACACAGAAUCAAAUCGACCAUGUCUGCAUCAACAAAAAGUUCAGGAGGACGAUGGAGGAUGUGAGAACCAGAAGAGGAGCUGAUAUAGCAUCCGAUCACCAUUUGCUGGUCGCCAAGAUCAAACUAAAACUCAAGAAGCACUGGACAAUGGCGCGGACAACAUCACAAAAGUUUAACACGGCCUUUCUUCGAGAUGCUGACAAACUCAACGAAUUUAACAUAGCCCUCAGCAACAGGUUCCAGGCCUUUCAUAACCUACUCAAUGAAGAGGGAACGACCAUAGAGAGCAGCUGGAAAGGUAUCAAGGAGGCAAUCGUUUCAACAUGUCAGGAGGUUCUGGGCCAAAAGAAGCACCAAAACAAGGAAUGGAUCACUGUUGGUACACUGGAUAAAAUUGAAGCAAGGAGGAACAAGAAGGUAGCAAUCAAUAUCAGCCGAACCAGAGCAGAAAAAGCCAAGGCACAAGCCGAAUACACAGAGGCAAACAAGCAAGUGAAGAGGAGCAUCAGGACCGACAAACGUAAAUAUGUGGAAGAUUUAGCGAUGACAGCGGAAAAGGCUGCAAGAGAGGGAAACAUGAGACAACUGUAUGAUACAACAAAGAAACUUGCUGGAAAUUACCGUCAACCAGAAAGACCAGUGAAAAACAAGGAAGGCAAAGUAAUCAACGAUAUUGAAGAACAACGAAACAGGUGGGUAGAACACUUCAAAGAACUCUUGAAUCGACCAGCUCCACUGAACCCACCCAACAUCGAAGCAGCACCCACAGACCUCCCAAUCGAUAUUGGCCCACCAACAAUUGAAGAGAUCAGCAUGGCCAUUAGACAAAUCAAGAGUGGCAAAGCAGCGGGACCAGACAACAUCCCGGCAGAGGCACUGAAAGCAAAUGUAACAGCAACUGCCAAGAUACUCCACAUCCUCUUCGGUAAGAUUUGGGACGAAGAACAUGUACCAACAGACUGGAAAGAAGGACUUCUGAUCAAGAUACCAAAGAAAGGCGAUCUGAGCAAGUGCGACAACUACAGAGGCAUCACUCUCCUCUCAAUACCAGGAAAAGUCUUCAACAGAGUAUUGUUAAACAGGAUGAAGGAUUCCGUGGACGCUCAACUUCGAGAUCAACAAGCUGGAUUUCGUAAGGAUAGAUCGUGCACAGAUCAAAUCGCAACUCUACGUAUCAUUGUGGAACAAUCAAUCGAAUGGAAUUCAUCACUGUACAUCAACUUCAUCGACUACGAGAAGGCAUUUGAUAGCGUGGACAGGACGACACUGUGGAAGCUUCUUCGACACUACGGUGUGCCUGAGAAGAUAGUAAAUAUCAUACGGAACUCCUAUGAUGGACUAAACUGCCAAAUCGUCCACGGAGGACAACUCACCGACUCGUUCGAGGUAAAGACCGGUGUUAGGCAAGGUUGCCUACUCUCACCCUUUCUCUUUCUCCUGGUGAUCGACUGGAUUAUGAAGACGUCAACAUCUGGAGGAAUGAACGGGAUACAGUGGACAGGCAGGAUGCAGCUUGACGAUUUAGACUUCGCGGAUGAUCUGGCUCUUCUAUCACAAACGCAACAACAAAUGCAGGAGAAAACGACCAGUGUAGCAGCAGCCUCAGCAGCAGUAGGUCUCAAUAUAAACAAAGGGAAAAGCAAGACUCUCCGAUAUAAUACAAUAUGCACCAAUCCAAUUACACUUGACGGAGAAGCUUUGGAGGAUGUGGAAAUCUUUACAUAUCUGGGCAGCAUCAUUGAUGAACACGGUGGAUCAGAUGCAGAUGUGAGGGCGAGGAUCGGCAAAGCAAGAGCAGCAUACCUACAGCUGAAAAACAUCUGGAGCUCAAAACAAUUGUCAACCAACACCAAGGUUAGAAUUUUCAAUACAAAUGUCAAGACAGUUCUUCUGUAUGGGGCAGAGACGUGGAGAACUACGAAAGCCAUUAUCCAGAAGAUACAAGUGUUUAUUAACAGCUGUCUACGCAAGAUACUUCGGAUCCGAUGGCCAGACACUAUCAGCAACAAGUUACUGUGGGAGAGAACAAACCAGAUUCCAGCGGAGGAAGAAAUCAGGAAGAAGCGCUGGAAGUGGAUUGGGCACACUUUGAGGAAAUCACCCAAUUGUGUCACAAGACAAGCCCUCACAUGGAAUUCUGAAGGUCGAAGGAGAAGAGGAAGACCAAAGAACACAUUACGCCGAGAAAUAGAGACAGACAUGAGAAGAAUGAACAAGAACUGGAAAGAACUAGAAAAGAAGGCCCAGGACAAAGUGGGUUGGAGAAAGCUGGUCGGCGGCCUAUGCUCCAUUGGGAGUAACAGGCGAAAGUAAGUAAGUAAGUAUAUUCUGUCUACAAGUGGAGAAGACUAACUUGACUAACUUUCAUUUGAGGUGGGGAAAUCAUUUUGAAGAAUUUAUAUAAGUCAAGAGUCGACUGUCAGUAUUAUUAUUACUGUUGCUGCGAGAAGUUGUACGUGUAAUAAAGCACAGAAAAAUGCUAUUUCGGAAGCAUUAUUCCAACUGAUAUGUUGUAUAAACGCACAAAACUUUACUACAUUGGCUUUAGCUUGUUAUCAUCAGACUGUAAAUAAGGCUACCAAAAGCUUUACUACCGUUAUCAUGGUAAAUUGCGAUACUUUAUUCAAUUUCAGUAUACAUUCAAUAAACUAUAAUAUAUAUUGUCUUCUGUAUACUACUCAAGACUUCAGACUCUGUGCCAGAACUAAACUGGAAGUGUAUUUUACACUUGUAGUGAACGAACACUCAACUGGGGAAGACCGCUUUGUUAGUUAAUACAAAAUUACAGAAUGUCUUCAUAAAGUACGCAAACCAUAUAUUAAAUACUUCAUAUUGUACAACUCCCAUCAAUCGUCUCUUAUAAACUUCAUCGUUCCUUCAUUCAUGUUGUUAUCACAGUUACUCUCUGUUUACAUUGCUAUUCUAUUCGAAUCAAUCUCCUCAACUUUUCACUGGUGGGCAUUUCACUUCUACUUAUGUCUGUUAACAUAAGCACCACAAACUCUCAAUCUAUCUUACGCAUAGAGAUUAUCGAUUUUUUGAUUACUUUAUUCCAAUGAACUUAAAGAACCUUUCUUUAUAAAUAUGUGUUGUAUCACGAAGAGAAUUGUGAACGGUAACUUUGCGGACUGACGAGUACUCAAGACUGAUCAUACGGCUUUUUUGUAUCAUAGCUCAGAUCGACAAUUCGCUCUUCUCUCAUUGGCGGGAAUCAGCACGUUCAUAUAUCAAACAGGGCACGCACGCACUCACUCAAUCGAUAUAACAAUAUACAUACUAAUCUGUAUUAUAAGCAAAAAUGUAUAGUGGCUAGUAGUGGGAUCCAGGACACAUGCUUCGUCUUAUAUGUGACUCAUCAGCUGGAUGUAUCUGCAUCUCAGAGUUGAUGUUCACUCUGGGACUCGAACUCGCUUCAAACGCCAUCGAGUUAUCUACUCAGCUACUAAGUCCCGAUAGCCACUUGCUUGUGCAAUAGGGUGAAGUUUAAAUUCACUUAGUAUUGUUUGCUUGUAUCUAUACAGAAAUCCUUUACUUAGUUUUGAUUAUUUCAUACCUAAACUGUUCGUUCACUUAUACUGUAUCCAUUAUUCAUUAUUUAUCGAUAGAACAUCAUGUGAGUAUUGUUUUUUUUUCAUUCAACUUGAUCUGUAUUGAUUCGAUUUCUUUUCUUAAAAAUAUUUUCAUAUGUGUAAAUGAAAUACUACGAUUGUUUGUUUGUUUGUUUGUUUUCCAUUAUGUUACUGUUUCUUGUAUAAAGGAAUCAAAUGGAAAUGAUCCGUCUUAUCUAUUGAAGUGAAAUAAGGAUACACAUUUCUUUCGUAGUAUAGUUUGUUGAUUCUUUCCCAUUUGUUUCCAAUAUCUCGAUUAAUAUGGUAAUUAAAUGUGUUUAUUUUGUUUCUUUUUAUAAGGGAAAAUCUCUACACUUACAUUAAGGGAUAAGAAUUAUUAUAACUUUGAUUAGAUGAAAGGCGUUUUAAUGAAAAUCGAAUUUUCUAAUAGUCAACCAUUGUUUUUCAUUUAUCUAUAGUUAAAGAUAUGUCAGUGGUAAUAUCCUGAGUGUCAUUCUGUUAUAUGAUUGGAAGUAGUCAGCAAGAAAAUCUAUUUCACCUAGGUCUUUGGUUGGUUAGCACUCAUCAGUAAGGUAAGACUACAGUCUUCAGAAUGUUGUAGUUUUUCAUGGGAUUCACAGCCACGUCACACAGUUUCAUAGUUUAUGACAUUGUCAAUGAGUGAAUCAGUCCCCAUAAGUCUUUUCAUUAUAAAUAACAUGAAAUCACUAAAAUACGAUCAUCAUUAAACAAAUUUUAGAAGUGAACCAAGUAGAACAAUUAUAUGAACGAAGAAUAUUCUUUUCAAUAAUUUCUCAUCAGGUUCUACAAUUAUAAAUUAAUAAUCCAUAAAAGAAGAUUGGCCAAGUUUAAGGCAGAGUACAUCAAUUGAAGAAACUGUAAUAUGUGAAUCAAGGAUUGUUUGUCAUAUAAAAUAAAAUAAGAUCGAAUCGUUAAUGUUUUUGGGAUGACUAAUAUGAAGUGUUAACUUGAAUCAGUUUAUAGGUGAAUUAAAAUCGUAAGAUAAAUUAUCAGAAUAUAUAUAGUUGACAUGGGGGUGAGAGAUAGAACAAUGGGAUUACAAAUCGGAAAUUACGUAAUAUGUAGAAU